AUGGUUUUGGACUUCAAAAACGCAACCGCUCAUUUGCAAACCUACUCUAAAAAAGACGGCUUGGAUGUUAAGGCGUUGAUUGACUCCUCCAACUUCGGUGGUUUGACUUACAAUGACUUUUUGGUUUUGCCUGGUUUGAUCAACUUCCCUGCCUCCGAGGUUAAGUUGGAAUCUAAGUUGACCAAGAAAAUCACCAUGAAGAGCCCCUUUUUGUCUUCUCCGAUGGACACAGUUACCGAGGAGAACAUGGCUAUCCACAUGGCUCUCUUGGGUGGCAUUGGUAUCAUUCAUCACAACUGUUCUGCCGAUGAGCAGGCGGAAAUGGUGAGAAAGGUGAAGAAAUUUGAGAACGGUUUCAUCAACGAUCCCGUCGUCAUCUCUCCUAACCUCACCGUGCGUGAGAUCAGAAGAUUGAAAGAAACUAUUGGUUUCUCUUCUUUCCCAGUUACUGAAAACGGUAAGCCUGGCGCUAAGCUUUUGGGUAUUGUCACUUCUCGUGACGUUCAGUUCCUUGAUGAUGACUCGGUUAAGGCCAGCGAUGUUAUGACCAAGGACCUUGUUGUUGGCAAGAAGGGCAUCACUUUGACGGAGGGUAACAACUUGUUGAGAACAUCCAAGAAGGGCAAGUUGCCAAUUGUUGACGCUGACGGCAAUUUGGUUUCCUUGAUUUCUUUGACUGACUUGCAGAAGAACCAAGACUACCCUGAUGCUUCCAAAUCUUUUGACUCCAAGCAAUUAUUGUGUGGUGCCGCUAUCGGUACCAUCCCUGCUGACAGAGAGAGAUUGGACAAGUUGGUCGAGGCUGGUUUGGAUGUUGUCGUUUUGGAUUCAUCUAAUGGUUCUUCCAUCUUCCAGUUGGACAUGCUCAAAUGGAUUAAGGGCAAGUACCCUGAAUUGCAGGUCAUCGCUGGUAACGUUGUCACCAGGGAGCAGGCUGCUUUAUUGAUUGAGGCUGGUGCUGAUGGUUUGAGAAUCGGUAUGGGUUCCGGUUCCAUUUGUAUCACACAGGAGGUCAUGGCUUGUGGUAGGCCACAGGGUACCGCUGUAUACAACGUCUGUGAAUUUGCUCACCAAUUCGGUGUUCCUUGUAUUGCUGACGGUGGUAUUGGUAACAUUGGUCACAUCACCAAGGCGCUUGCUUUGGGUGCUGACUGUGUCAUGAUGGGCGGUUUGUUAGCUGGUACCUCUGAAACUCCUGGUGACUAUUUCUACCGUGACGGUAAGAGAUUGAAGACCUACAGAGGUAUGGGUUCCAUCGACGCUAUGCAGCAGACUGAUACUAACGCUAACGCUUCCACAUCUCGUUACUUCUCUGAAGCUGACAAGGUGUUGGUUGCCCAGGGUGUCUCAGGUUCUGUUGUUGAUAAGGGAUCCAUCACCAAGUUCAUCCCUUACUUGUUCAACGGUUUGCAACACUCCUUGCAAGACAUUGGUGUUCGCUCUGUGUCCGAGUUGAGAGAAAAGGUGCAUGCUGGUGACGUGAGAUUCGAGUUCAGAACACCUUCGGCACAAUUGGAAGGAGGUGUCCAUGGUUUGCACUCUUACGAAAAGAAAUUGCACAACUAA